AUGUCUAUGUUCCGCUCACCCACGGACAUCUCAUCGUCUGAUCCGGACUCUAGCUCCGAGGAAAGUGAUAACGACGAUUUGGCAUCAACUAAUAACGCCGACACCUUCGGUACUCCUGACAAGGAAGAGAUUCCCUCAAUGAACCUUGAAGAACUACUGCUCGAAGGACCAGGACCUCCUGAAAAUGGAGGUGUCUUAGGCGGUGCAUUGGACCUUGAUGCGGACGGACAUGCGGCAGUGAUGACAUCUGCCUUGCUCGAAUUCUUUUGUCUCAGUCGUGCUGAAGAUUGGUUAAAUGCGCAGCCCGGGUCAUUUAAUAGAUUCACACGAGGCUCGCCCGAGGUGAAACAACUUGCCAAGAAAAUGUAUCAGUAUAAGUCCCAAUUUUUGUCCAGUCAUGGGAUUGUCGCUGGAGGCAUCGACGAUGAUGACUGGGAACGAAUCCGUCAAUACUACCGUGACAAUCUAGAUGUGCUAGGAAACACUGCUGUCGAAGGAGUGAACACGGUACCCUCAGAAAGGCGACCUCGCUCGAAAAAACAAGAGAAUGAAAUAAAGAAACCAUCUUCAACAGUCAAAACACUUGUUCCUACAUUGAAACACAGACCGGCGGUUGUCUCACGUACUCCCUCACAGGAGAAUAUCUGGAACUUGCAGAAAAGGUACCCGGCCUACGACAAUCACCAUACCCACUCAGAAGGUUUUGUUCAGUUUACAAAUCUAUUGCGGGCCCCUCAGCAUUCUAGCGAGCCGUUCGCAAUGAUGAGUACUCGAGCUGGUCCAAUUUCUGACCGGUUGUCGAGAUAUACUUCCGAGUUCAUAGAGGUGAAAUUGCUAGGCCGAGGCUCAUUUGGCCAGGUUUUCGAAGCAAGGCACCAUAUGGACGGACAGAGCUACGCAAUAAAAAAGAUACCUUUGAGCAAGAGGCGUUUAGAAAUGCUACAGCAGGAAGGGGUACAGCAUCUAGAGCAUAUAUUGAAAGAAAUUCGAACUUUGGCCCGUCUAGAACAUAAGAACGUUGUCCGUUAUUUUGGGGCCUGGGUUGAGGAAAACCAUGUGUACAUGGCGAGUCCCCCGUCUCUAGAUUCAGAACCCGAGAUAAAAAGUAGGAUUGAGUCCGUACAGGAGGAUCCCGCUGAAGAGGAUCAGAGCUUCGGUAUUGUCUUUGGUCUGUCUAGUAACGGAGGAGAAGACGAUUUGACAUCAAAUUUACCAAGCCAGGAAGCAAACCCUUGGUCAAAUUCACGCCGCUACCGCCGUGACAGUCAUUUCACGAGCGGAUCGUCUCUUUCUAAAAAGAGUGUUACAACUAGUAACGAAGAUGAUGACGACGUUGAAUCUAUUCAACGCAAUUUCAGUGUUCCUGAACCGGGGGCCUCCCAGGGUCACUCUUCAACAUGGGACAAGACAGACACGGAUAUCUUCACGAAUGAUAUGAGUGAGGAUCCAUCCAAACUACAACUGAUGCGGCGUGAUGAUCCACAAAACCAAAGUAUCAUACUUCAUAUACAAAUGUCCCUACACCCUCUUACUCUUAGCUCAUAUCUCAGUCCCCGUCAAGUACUCCGCAGUGAUAUGCAAGCUUACACAGCGCCACGCCACUGUUUCCAUAUCAUUCCUUCCCUAAAAUUAAUGCUUGGAAUACUUUCAGGCGUGGAAUAUCUCCAUUCGAAGGGGAUUGUUCAUCGCGACCUUAAACCAGCCAAUAUAUUCCUCUCGGUGCGAGAAAACGAAAAGGAUGCCUGUGAUUUGUGCAAGUUGAAAAAUGAGAUUGUCGGAAAUAUGUACCGCCCUCGUAUCGGAGAUUUUGGACUGGUUGCAGAUGUAUCUCAUUGCACUGACCCACAGGUUCCACAUGUCACCACGGUCCAGGACAGCCCCAGAAGACUUCGACAGGUUGGAACGGAGUUUUAUUGUCCACGAAAGUCUCAGUUUGACUCAACCCAUACCUCCACUGGGUAUGUUAUUGAUGAAAAGCUCGAUGUUUUUGCAUUGGGAGUGAUAUUGUUUGAGCUCACCUAUCGUUUGAACACGAAAAUGGAGCGCCAGUUGGUUUUAUCCGAGCUAACCCAUCACGGGGCACAUGAUGGUGUCAAGAUUCCAAGUGAUUUUGUGGCAAAGGUCGACCGUGGAGGAAUUAGACUUUCCAACAACAGGUCUGUUGGUGAAUACUUGUCAAGCUGCAUUCAAGGCAUGCUUCACCCCGAUCCACAAAGAAGGCUGGGGUGUAGAGACAUCCGAAAAGCUUUACUGGAAUUGGUUACAAUGAUUGAGACGGCAUGUUCUGCGUAG